UUCAAAAGCCUUGGGGAUUAACUACCUGCGAGCACAUUUUGAAGCGUCAAGUCCUUCAGUGAGCCGUUUCUAUCAGUUGGGUGGUCCAAACAACCCAUGGAUGGGAAGAAGGCAGGACUCAACAGGGCCAGGCUAGAGGGAAAGGGCGGGGCUUCCAACACUGUCUCUUGGCAACAGUCUUUGGCCGCCAAACCGCCUAAUCAAAUACCCUCUGGGAACUGUAGUGUAGCUAGGAGUCCCGAGGCUGCACUCCCUGAGACUGUGAACUACAACUCCCGACGUGCAUCGGGAGGGCCACUAGGUAGGAAGAGUCCUCAGGAGCUCGGUCUGGAGUUCCAGGCUCCCCAGUGACAGCAGCGACUGGAAGCAGCGGGCGUCCCUUCAGUGCUAGGCCUGUCCUCGGAGGGGUGUGUGCUGGACGUAUCCCCACGUAGCUCCCAUCUCUGGGCCCAGAGUCUGUGCAUGGCGAAGUCCCCAGGGAAGUCUACCCUGGAGGAGAUUCUGGGGCAAUAUCAACGGAGUCUCCGGGAGCGUGCCAGUAGAAGCAUUCACCAACUAAAAUGUGCCUUGAGAGAAGGGGCUGAGACUGUUGAAGAAGAAGCACUGGAUCCUUCCGGUAGCAUCAAUGUAGGACAUGAGGACACUGAGACAGCCUGGCAUGAGCUGCAGCAUAGCCAUGCCGUUAAUCAGCUCAAAGCUCUGUUACGCCAACAAGCAAGUAAGGAAAGUGAGAUAUCUCCAUCAAGAAGACGAAAAAUAUCCCCUUCGAGGUCAUCAGAAUAUGAGGAAACCAAUAUGCCUACUGUGCACAACCUUGUUCCUAUCAUUAAUGAUCAGUCUCAAUACAUUCAUCAUUUAGAGGCAGAAGUCAAGUUCUGCAAGGAGGAACUAUCUGGAAUGAAAAACAGGGUACAAGUAGUUGUGCUUGAAAAUGAAAGACUCCAGCAAGAGCUGAAAUCUCAGAUACAAGAGGAGACGAUGAGAGAACAAACCCUUCUGGAUGCAUCUGGAAACAUGCAGAAUUCUUGGGUUGCAACAGGUGAAAAUUCCAGGGUGGGCGAGAAGAGACCAUUUCCCCAUGAUGAUGGAGAUAUCCGAAAAGCUGCUGGCGAGGCUGAAAAAUGGAAGCUAGAGCUGGAGAGGCUAAAACUUACAUAUGAGGCAAAAAGUGAAAUCCUGGAAUCUCAGCUGACAUUUUUGAGGAAAGACUUAGCUGAAUAUCAGAAACAUUGCGAAGAUCUUAAACAGCAACUAAAACAUAAAGAGUCUCUUCUUGCUACCAAUAUCUCCAACCGUGUUGGUGGUCUUUGUUUGAGGUGUGCUCAGCACGAAGCUGUUCUUUCCCAAACCCAUAACAAUGCACACAUCCAGACCAUUGAAAGACUGACUAAGGAAAGAGACGACUUAAUGUCUGCGCUCAUUUCCGUAAGGAGCAGCUUGGCAGAUGGGCAGCAGAGAGAAACGAGGGCUUUUGAGCAGGUGAAAGAAGCUGUGCAUAUGACUGAGGAAGCCAACUUUGAAAAGACCAAGGCUUUAAUCCAGUGUGAGCAGCUGAGGAAUGAACUGGAGAGACAGACAGAGCGACUUGAAAAAGAACUUUCAUCUCAGCAAGAGAAAAGAGCUUUUGACAAAGAGAUGAUGAAAAAAGAAGUAGCAAAAGCAAGGAAGGACAUGGAAUCUAAGAUGUUGAUCCUGUCUCAAAAUAUAGUCCAACUGGAGUUCCAGGUGGAAAAGGUUACAAGGGAGAAAAUUUCUGCUAUUAAUCAACUAGAGGAAGUUCAAAACCAGCUGACGUCUCAGGAAAUGGAUGUCACAAAGGUGUGUGGAGAACUGCGCUUCCAGUUGAAUAAAGCUGAAGUGGAGAAGGAUGAGGCAGAAAAGGAGCACAGAGAGUACAGAGUUAAAACUAAAAGGGAUCUUGAAAUUAAAGAUCAGGAAAUAGAGAAAUUGAAAGUAGAACUGAGUGAAACCAAGCAGCAUGUGGAACAGGAGCAGCAGCAGGCAGCCCGGGCCAGAGAGGAGUGCCUGAAACUAACAGAACUGCUGGCCGAAUGCGAGCACCAACUGCACCUCACCAGACUGGAAAAAGAUAGCAUUCAGCAGAGCUUUAGCAAUGAAGCAAAGGCCCAAGCCCUUCAGGCCCAGCAAAGAGAGCAGGAGCUGACACAGAAGAUAGAGCAAAUGGAGGCCCAGCAUGACAAAACUGAAAAUGAACAGUAUUCAUUGAUGACCUCCCAGAAUACAUUUUUGAUAAAGUUAAAGGAAGAGUGCUGUUCAUUAGCCAAGAAACUGGAGCAGAUCUCUCAAAAAAGCAGAUCUGAAAUAGCUCUGCUGAGUCAAGAAAAAAUGUAUACAGAUAAUAAACUGGAGAAGUUACAGAGGAGAAAUAAUGAAUUGGAGGAACAGUGUGUCCAGCAUGGGAAAGUACAUGAGACAAUGAAGGAGAGGCUCCGGCAGCUGGAUAAGCACAGCCAGGCCACAGCCCAGCAGCUGGUGCAGCUGCUCAACAGGCAGAACCAGCUUCUCCUGGAGAGACAGAGCUUGUCAGAAGAGGUGGACCGGCUACGGGCCCAGCAGCCAUAUGUGAUUAUAUUCAAGAUCAUCGACAUUAUCUCAUUACACCAAAGGACUCAUAGAAUGGAGUUGAAAAACAAGCGGGAGGAACAGACACGGACUGCAGAGGGGAGGAGAGGCCUGGCAUGCGUGGGCAGAGGCUCUUGUCUGCCGCCGAGGAGCCCCCUGGGAGAAGAGGCGGCCCAGUGGCGGGUGGGACUCCAGGGCUGCUGCCACGCUCCGUCCUUCCCACAGCCCAGGGCUCUGCCCAGCUGACUUCAGGGCUCCCACGGAGUGAGCUACCUGCGAGACAGAUGGUGCCUGAAUAGAACAGCAAAUACUCUGAACAAAAUAAACCUCAAAGCCUCCUCCCAAACCAAGAUUUUUUUGGAAAGAGUUCUAAAUAGAUGAAAACAAACAAUUUGAUUUCAACCAAAUUGUUGUUUUUUUGUUUUUAUCCUGAUUUUCACCCGAAUUGUCAGCCUCAAAAAUAAACACUGAUACAUUCCCAGAAAAUAUUUUUCAAAUAAAAACUGACUCUGUUAAAGUUUGCCCUGAUUCUUUCAAAACUGUGUACAAGACACUGUCAACCAAAGUGACUUGCAUAUUUUUUUAAAAUAAACUCGAACAUAUGCAGCUAAAAUGUCAUUAACUCCCUGCUGCCUGAGUGGUUUUAAAGAAUGACAUAAGACCCCAGGUGCUGGGUCUCUGACAUAAGGGUCUCAGGGCCCUCGGAGAAACUUCCCCGGCAACUGGAAAGCAGACCUCGUAACUGUUUCUGCACCAGGCAACCUGCACGCAACUGAUACUGAAAAGUGCUCCGGGCUUUGUUGAAGCCAGGCUUGCUCUGCUGUUAACAGUUCACUCUGUCCGAGAGCAAACACUUUCAGAACUAGAAUCCUGGAAGAAAAAAUAAGCUGAAUUUUAUAUGGCUUCAGAUACAUUUGUUCCACUUAUUGCUUCCUGAGUCAGACAUUACAUUUUGCAAUAUAAAUUCACAAUCAAGAUUUUAAAGGGAGCUAAAUAUUUUAAUCCAAUUAGACAAGUGAACAAAACACUGAAUAUUACAUGUAGUGUAGGGAAGUGGUUCUUGCCUUUAAAAGACUGUAAUUCCGUCGCAUUACAACCCCAAAUGUCAGUGUUGUCUUCAUUUUUAACGCUUUCAAACACGAGGCAGCCAGAGGCUCCACUCUGCUGUUGGUGACACUGUCUGUCCUUUGGGAAUCUUAAAAUCUAUUUACCAUGGAAACAUGGUUCACAUAAAACACAGGCACCUGCCCAUGUGCAGAGGCAGCGCUCUGACUGGGGACUCCGGAGAGCAGGAGACAAACUCGGGUCUGCGGGCGGGACCCUGCGCAGUGCUCUCUGGGAGGAGCUGGCACUGCGGGCCCGGCCGCCCCGACGCCGACCGCCCCGCCCCCGGCCUGCUCAGUGCCAGUCCCCAGUCCCCAGUCGGGAGAGCCGCCUCAGGGGCCAGGCAGUCUUUUCUGCGCCUGCCCUGCCUGCCUCGGCUCAGGCUGCCUCACCUGGCGCCUCCUGUGGAAGCCCAGGGCAGCACAGCCCGGCCUCAGGCGGAGGGAGAGCAGGGCCUUGAACUCCGGCUGCCACAGCCUGGACCAGAGGCCCGGGGGCAGCAAGAGCGGGAGAAGCGACGCCGGCCGUGACCUCGCUGUGAACUCCGGCCCGCUCUGCAGCUGCUGACCCCAGACUCCAGAGAGGCGGUGGAGGUGGGAGGCCCCGGGACAGCUCGGUGCAGGGUGGCUCGAGGACUCCGAUGGAGCAGCCCGGCCUGCUGACAGGUGCGGCCCUGCUCUGCGGCCACCAGGCAGGGUGUCUCCCCCCAACACUCUGUGACCCCAGGUGGACAGCUGAAUCCCUCACCCCGGUGCCCCUUCGCCAGCCAGCCCAGACCAGGCGGAGACCGAGCCUUAGUCUGGCGAGGAGGUCGCACUGCCUGGGCUCCCAUCUCAGCUCCGCACCUCUUCGGGUCAGUCGUUCAGCUUCCGAGGCACUGAGCCUGGCCCCGAACCCCAACUGCUGAACUAGCUGCCCUUUAGGAGGGAACUGCGUCUGCUAUCCGGAGCCCAGCACGGAUGGGGAAGGAAGCCACAGACCUAGUACCCUGGUGCACGUGGAAGGAGGCGGCGGGAGAGGAGAGAAUGGGACUGAGACAGGGAGGGCAGGAACACACAACUGCUCCCGAGGGCCUGGGCCUCGGACGGGCGGGAGCGGUGGCCCCGGAGAGGAGGGGCAGCUUGGAACUGCCCGGGAGGCAGCAGAGGCCCCACACAGCUCAGCUCACCCGGAGCAAUCCUUUCUUAAACGCCAGACUUAAAAGUCAACUUCAAGAAAUGGGCACUAGGGGCCAGGUUUGGUGUCGGAGGCUCCAGCUUUAAAGGGAGAACGGUGACCGGUCAGCCCAAAUGGCCGGCGGGCAGCGUGCGAUUCUGUCGCCUGGGCAGACAGCUGAGGGAGCAGCUGCCCAGCGCCCAGGGGCAGCCUCUCAUGCCCGGGGACCACUGCCCUGCAGAUGUGGCCAGGCACCCAGGAGGGCCGCAGAGGGGCCUCGAUGACAAGUUGAAAGGCCUAGGGACGGGAAGCUGGUGGCCGAGGGCUCAAGUUGCAGUGCCCACGGCUCCCGCACACUUGGCACAGGGUGUGGAGGACGGAGCCAGCUGGAAACACGCAUUCCCUAAGAAAUGGUGGCCGAACAGCCAGCUGUUAGCGCCUGCUGCCUCGGCGUCCCUGGCUGCACUGCAGGACGAGGGGAGGCACGGAGAACACACUACGAAAGCUUCAGCAGAGCCGGGGCGACCCGGGCCGGCCCAGACGGCAAGACCUGGCUGCAGCUCACUGCACGAGCGGAGGUGCUGUGAUGUGACCGUGAGGAUGGAGGCGGGCUUCCCACCAAAACCAGCGAACCCAGGGACAGCCGCUUGCCUCCGGGGAAAGUCAGGCCGACUUCCACUGCUUACGUCAGGAACCUCACGUCUGUGCUGCCCCGCGUGGGCGCGCGAGUUGAAGGCGACCAUUUCGGCUGGGCUGAGAGCUGACAGGGGAGGGACGCGCAGAUGAUAAGUGACUGGGUGGCCUUGGGCCCACCGGCACCGGCACCGCAAAGCCUCAUUACGUGCUAGCAAUGCCGGUUUCCUGGGGCUUCGGUUAGAAACAGAAGAAACAAAAACUGUAACACACUUUGCUUGUAUUUCCAGUCUGUCUCUGUUCUGUAUCACAGAUGUGGCUGUUUUCUAUCCAGAUUCCUUUCACGUGUCUUUCGAAACAAGACCACUGUGGGUUGUGCACGUCCUUGUUCCCAGGGUGCGCCUGGGUGCCCUAGGGGUGGGACGUGGGGGUGGAUGGGCGUGAGGGAACUGGCUGCCUCAGCGUUCUCAGAGCGGGCAGGAGGGACACGCAGUCCUGUCACCGGGCAGCCACACCCAGUCGGCUCAGCCCACCGGAAGGGAGUCAAGGCCUGCUCAGACGGUCGGCAGCACGUCCUGGUCUCGGCACGCUGACUCCCUGCGGCGCUUUCCCCAGCCCCAGGGACCCAGCUGCCCCUGAGGAAAGCCUUCCACUCACAGACGUGCUUGCUGAAAAGCCUUCAAGUCCCUCUCACACACUGCCAUCCAGAGCAAAGCAACAGACCGCUUCUCAGACUUUGCUUGGGUGAAUUCUGAUUUCAGUUUCACUCUGUCCCAGCUUGAAAAUCCUCAAGUAACCCAGGCCACAUCUGGGCUGUGAGUCCUCCUCAGAGUCUAGCUCAGGGCACCCCCGUGGGGAGCACCAGGCCCCGCGUUGCCUUCCCACCUACCCCGGGGGUGCAAAGCAGACAGCGAAACCCCACCUGGCCUCUUCUGGCCCCCACGCUCCCAGAGGAGCAGCUGUGUGGUGUUCCUCCUCCCCCAGGCGGGGGCGGUCACGCUUCCCCUCACUGCUCCUGCUGGGGUCUAGGCUGAGGGGAGCAGCCCCCGGCACAGGCAGGCCAUGCAGCUACUCGGGUGUGAGCAUUCCCCAGGCUGUAAGAUCAAGGGCCACAGCAGACUCCCUCUUCUGGCAGCUGGGAGGUUCCCAGGUGAAAAUGCCUCUAUGCUACAGGAAACUACGUGCAGCUAAAAUUUUGGUGGCUUCAGCUCGUCUCAUUUCACCAGGAAUUUCUUAGGGGCCCUCGGCCUACAUCCUGCUAAUAUUCUACCUUUACCCCAUAAUGUCGAAUCAUUGUGAAGUGAUUCUCUCUGGCCGUAUCUUCACAUCAGAUGUUCUUACGCAGAGGGACAGGUGUCCACAGUACAGCCUCCUUUCAGGCCAAAAGCAUUAAAACAGAACAGCCAAGCCUAUAUUCACGUGCAUCAUGGGCUUUCAUCAGUGGUCAGCUGAGGCCUUUACACAACCAUAUAUAUAUAUAUAUCUUCCACAGUUUUAGCCAAUUUUUCAUCAAAAAUUUAGUAAUGAAAGGUGACUAAACCAGCAAAUGAGGAGAAAAAUCACAUUGAAGAACAUGAUCUAUUUAAACUUACUUUUUAUUAUCAUUUUUUUCCAGUUACCCAGCAUGCCACAAUCUGAUUGCUGACCUGGAUGAAACAGAGUGAAGUAAAUGACUUACAAAGAGAUAUUUACAUUCAUCCAAUUUGUACUCAAUAUGCCACAACACAGCACAACCUUCCCAGGGCGACACCACCUGGGGCUGCAUGGGGCGGGUCCUCAUCCCACAGUCUCUGCCCCACGCUUUGGACUGGAGCCCAGUCAGACCCUGGGUGAGGGCCGCUCCUGGCGGAUGUUCUCAGAAAUGGCUUGAAGUCAGUUUUUAAAUAUGCUCAUUUUUAUGCUUGAUUAUACACAGGAAUUGUAAUAAAUGAACUUUUUAAGGA